AUGCUGUUGAGAAGGACCGACACUGACGCAACGUCAGCAGCGCGAGAUGCCAACGGACAGCAGAAAGUGAACAAUCAAAUGGCCGACUCUCAACGUCCGCUGACAUGCAUGUUUUACUUCUUUGCUUCCCAGAUGAAGCGGAACAUUCAGCGUGCAGACGAGGACCUCGUCCAACGAGGAAAACUGCCCGACGAGCCAAUUCACAGAUUGGACACGAUGAUUGCUCGUUUGAGGAUGCAUGCAGCAUAUUCUCCGCAUAUAACAAAGUUCGAGACAUAUCCUGUCGAAAUCCCUGAUGCCGCCCCGACGUGGCUGAAACGCCCUCCGCGACCGUCACCGGAAGAGGUUCACGACACGGUGAUGUUGAUGAAGUUCCGGAAUAAGGGUGCCAGGGAGGAGUGGAUCGCGACAAAGGAAUGGCAAGAGUUCAUGACCAAGACCGAAGGAGAACAGGUCUUUCGCAGAAUGCCUCAUGUCCGAUGUGCUAGUAGCUUGAGGGGGUUGAUGGAUCCUGUAGAUAUUUUGACCGCCUGA